AUGAGGAAGAAAACUAUUGCUAAAAGGCCUCCUCGUGAAAAAGUGUACAAGCUUCCCACAAAGCCUUCCACUCGCUCCCAAGACCGGACCUUUACCCCAUCUCCUUCUCCUCCUACCUCUCCUCCUCGUUGUGACCCCAUGGCUCGGACCAAAAAUACUCCAAGAUACCCUGCCUCUGCCAAGCCAACGCCACCACCAAAGACAACGCCCUUCAAACCAGGCUCCUCAAAACCUGGUUCUUCAAAGCCAAGCUCCUCCAAAGGCAAAUGUCCGGCGGCUGAGGAACCAGUUCCCGAACCAACACAACCCAAAUCCAAGUCGGUUCCUGUGCACUCUCAACGAGGCACUGUUCACUCAUAUGUAAAGGGCAGAGAUAUUGUACUAAAUAAUGAAACCAUCAGUGAUUCAUUGAAGUAUACUGAUGUUGGUCCUUGUGCUUACACCUCGGUUAAGUGGGAUGAAGGAGUUGGUAUUUUUUACAAUGAUGCUUUGGCUAAUAUUUGUGAACAUCAAAAAGGACCUACUAGAUCUGAAAGAGUUGUCCUAGAUGAUAAAGAUGAUGACUUUGUCCUUGAGGAUUCUCCUGCUCCUUCCACUGAGGGUACAUCCAUCUCUACUGGAAAGAAAUCUAUCUUGCUGAAUGUGGUCAAAGAUGUUGUUCAGGAGUUUGUUUCUCAAUCAAAUCACUUGAUUGCUAUGAGCAAAGAGCAAAGGAAGCUGGCUAGCAAUCAUGAGAACUUCCUAAAGAAAUCAAGGGAUAGAGUAACUGUGUUCAUAUCCUUCAUCGAUAACCUUCAAGAGGAUGAAGACCCUGCCACUGAUGUUGAAGAGGAAGCUAAUUCGGAGGAGAAUGGUUCUGAUGCCUAG